AUGAAGCGGUGCGUGUUCCUCUUUUUGAGUUCCCAGCUGUUUGUUUGGAUGAAGAGGUGUGACCAGCAGAGUCCUCCCUCCCUCCCUCUGAUGAGAGAUCAUCUCAGAUCAGUUUCUUCUUCCUCUUCUUCUUGAUCUUUUCUUAGCUCUCACAGGAAUAGCAGCCGUGGGCUCCUCGUUGUUGUCGUUGAGCGGAGCUGCACAGCUGCUCUCACAGGCUUCACAGAGAUGGAGACUGAGAUACGGAGGAGCAGAGACGCAAACCCUCUGUAGGUUUUUGUCUAAUGCUUUUUCACCGUGGGGACAGGGGGCCACGGUGAUACAUUCCAAUAGAGCCGCCGUACAAAAACCUCCUCCUAUUAAAACACAUUGUGCAGACGGCUGCAGGCUGUCAGGAGAGCAGAAAAACCUCCAAAAUGAAGCUGAACACGACCAGACAACACAUGAGCAGAGAAAAGAUUGAUUACAAGCAGAAAAACCUGCAGAAAUGACAUUUUUACACGACUUUUACUCCAGAAGAGAAACAUCUGUCAGCUUCUUUUUCUCCUCUCCACAAACAGAAAACUAACCUGAACACCAUGAAGCUCAUCCUGCAUGUUUAAACCUCCUUCAUCCUCUGGAUUAUCGCUCCGUCUCCACAAGAAGAUUCUGGAAAGUUUGGAGACUUUUUGGUGGAGGAGACUUUCAGUGUGACACUGGAACUGAAGCUUACUUUGGAAAGGGGACCAAACUCACAGUUCUGGGUACGUUUCAACUUUUAUUACUUUAAUAGACUGAAACAAAAACUUCAAAUAGUCCAAUCCUCGAUAUGAAAGAGAGGAAAAUACUGUUGAAGCAAAAAGUCUGAAAUAUUGAGCUGAACAGAGACACUGUGAGCUACACUGAUCCUGCUUACUUUGGACAAGGAACCAAACUCACAGUUUUAGGUAAAUACAUCUGCUUUUAUUACUUUAUUUAGACAAAAGUCACUAAUAUACGUGUCCUACUGUAGAAAGGAAUAAAAGUUUAAAGUUAAGUAGAGAUAGAAAAAGACAGAGGAGUUUGAUGUUCAGUGUUUCUGCACUGUGACAACGUUGAAGCUUAUUUCGGACCAGGAACCAAACUCACAGUUUUAGGUAAAUAUUUCUCUUUUUCUGUGUAUAUCUUUAUAAACUAAACAAACUUCAGAGUCUGAUACAGGUAGACAUAAAAGUAAAAACUUAAGAGAGUUGAUUUAAAGUUGAGAAAAACAUGGGAGUUUGUUGCUCAGUCUUUCUGCACUGUGAGCAACACUUACCCUGCUUACUUUGGACCAGGAACCAAACUGACAGUUUUAGGUAAAUAUUUUUCUCAUUUUUGUGUAUAUGUUAAUAGAUUAAUAAACUUACAAAGACUAAUACAGAUAGAAAUUAAAGUAAAAACUUCACAGAGUUGAUUUAAAGGUGGGAAAUCUGAAGAGUUUGAUGUUCAGUGUUUCUGCACUGUGACAACUUAAACGAAGCGUACUUCGGACCAGGAACUAAACUGACAGUUUUAGGUAAAUAUUUAAGUUUCUUACCUUAUUUUGAUAAAUUCUACAUACUCGAGAGUUUAGGUAUAACUAUAAAUAAAGUUAAAAUCUUCACAAAGACAGAAAAAAUAGAGAAAGAAAGAGGAGUUUGUUGUUCAGUGUUUCUGCACUGUGACAAUGCUGAUGUAGCGUACUUUGGACCAGGAACUAAACUGACUGUUUUAGGUAAAUAUUUCGGAGUUUUUUACUUUUAUUGGAUAAAUUUAACUCACUUAAGAGUCGUGGUGUAGAUGGGAAUAAUUGUCAAAACUUCACAGAGUUGAUUGUAAAGUAUAAAGACAGAAGAGUUUGAUGUUCAGUGUUUCUGCACUGUGACAAUGCCAACGAAGCGUACUUUGGACCAGGAACUAAACUCACAGUUUUAGGUAAAUAAUUCAGCUUUUUACAAUGUUUGUCUCAGAGUCUUAGUAUGGAUUAAAGUAAAAGUCCAAACUUCAUUAUAAUAAGUCAAAAAGAAAUACAGAGAGGUUUGAUGUUUGUCGCUGUUUCACUGUGACGACUGGAACGAAGCGUACUUUGGACCAGGAACUAAACUGACUGUUUUAGGUGAGUCUCAGACUUUUAAACAGCACAAAUGUAAACGUGAAAACCGCGUCAGUACGAUAAGAAUCGUUCAAAAUAUAAGCUGUCGUGGUUUAAGUUCAGUUCAGAGCUUUUCGACACUAAGCCGGAGCGCUGUGUCAAUUACGAAGCUUACUUCGGGCCAGGAACUAAACUGACUGUUCUCGGUGAGUAAAAGGUCAAAGUUGUUUCAAAUGUAUUUGUCUUAAAAAAGGAAACUAAAUUAAACACUUUAAGUGUAUUUACAGUUAUGUAGUGAGUGUUAGUGAAUGUUUAAAGCAGCUUAGAGUCGAUCAGCAGCCCUUCAGUUUGAGCACAGUUGAAGUCCACUGUGACUCUGGUGCUUCAGAGGCUUACUUUGGUGGAGGAACUAAAUUAACCGUCUUAGGUAAGAAAUGUUUAUUUUAUAUGAGGCUUAACGAUCAUUUCUGUAGAAAAAGUGUAAGGGAAAAAAGUGUCUUUAUUGAACACAUCAUUCUGAACAUCUUAAAGUUCAGACUGAACUCAAACGUUUUGACGUUAAGCCUGAUCACUGUGUCAGUACGAAGCUUAUUUCGGCUCUGGGACUAAACUGACUGUUCUCGGUGAGUAAAACCUCUAAAAUUCUCAUUAUUUAUUCUCCUGUUAGACUCAUUUGUUUACAAAGAGGAGUUAGUUUGAAAGUGAGAAAAUAAGUCUAAUUGAAAACUCAUGUAGGCAGUAUCUGAGGCGGUUUUGAGCACAGAUGAAGUUCACUGUGACUCUGGUGGUUAUGAAGCUUUCUUCGGUGGAGGAACUAAAUUAACUGUUUUAGGUAAGAAAACAUUUAAACUAAAUUAAAUAUUCUUUAAGUUUGAUUUUCUUAUGAUGUUUCUGACACUGUUGAGGUUUGACCGACUCUAAACUAUUAAUGCUUAAACUUCAGUUUUAUCUGUUUGUAGUCGAAGUAACCUUUAAAAAAGUUAAAAUAAGGAAAAUGAAGAUUUAGGGCAAAAGUUUAGAGAGUUUCUUUGGUAAAUUUGGGUCUGUUAAAGCUUCUGUCUGUAAACUAGAGAUACAGUUGUGAUCAUUUUAAGUUGCACACAAAAAGGAGAGACGUCAGGAAGAGUUUUUGUCACAGUAGAGAGUCUCUGUGGUCCUACACCGAGGCUUACUUUGGAGCUGGGACUAAACUCACAGUUUUAGGUAAGAAAACGACUCCAGAAAACACUAAACUUCUCUCUUAUUGUCUUCGUUUAGCUCAGAGAAACACUUAAAAUACAAUUAGAAGAUAUUUUAUAUGUAAGCGUUAAAUUAAACGUUUAAAAACUGACAGAGUUAAAGAGAUUAAUUGAGGAAAAGUCUCAGUCUGUGCAGGUAAAAUCCAGCCUGUUAAAAGCUGUUCAGUUAAAGUUGAGGCUGGAUUAAAGAUUUGGCUGUGAGCCCGGAUUAUUCCUCUCACUCUGAGUUCUUAUCAGCUCUGUGAAACACUGUGAACAACCAGGGAGAGGCUUACUUUGGAGCUGGAACUAAACUCACCGUUUUAGGUAAGACCUGCUCAAAAACUGAAAUGAUCUGUCUGCAAACUGCUCUGUAACUCCAUCAGGUCAGUUUUUCAUCUUAAACUCUUAAAAAUUAUUUUAAGUUUAAAAGUUUAAAAAGACAAAGACGGCGUGUGCAGCUCUGAGUGUUGAGAGGUUUUUCUGCAGCCUUGUGUCAGUGUGAACAACUAUGAACCAGCUUACUUUGGUGGAGGAACCAAACUCACUGUGAUCGGUAAGAAAAGGAUAAAAACUUUAACCUGCAGAAAUGUUUGUUUUUACUCUUAAUCUGAUGAAAAACUGCAGAGAAAAUAAGUUUAAUGCUCGAUUUAGUGUUUGCUGUGUGCAGCUGCAAAGUCGUAAAAACUCUAAGAUGAGUGAACGUCGGAUGUUUCCCACAACUAUAAUUUUCAGUGAUGAUAAUUUAGCUGCUGAACAGUUUAUUCAUCGUGUUUUAACUGUUUACAUCGGUCGUCUGCACAAAAUUCAACUUGCAAAACAGCAUUUCUUUACAUGAGCGUUUAAAAAGUGAAAAGAAAAGGAGGUAAAACUUGAAGAAAAUAGUUGAUAAAGAAGAAAAAGAAAUGGUAACUGAUUUGUAUGUGAACUACAGGGAGCAGUUUGAAGAUUUAACAGCAAAGUUUGGUUGUUUCGAUAUCUGUGAUUGGAUUUUUAUCAAACAAAAUUAUGUUUUUGUUUUUCCCCACUGUCCUUCAGUGUCAAUCUUACGAUCUAAAAUUAACAUUUUGGUUAUUUUGCUAUGAAAUCAAUCCAAGAAAAACACCUCCACUUCAGAUCUCUGCAGCCUGACUGUAUGAAGUUGUAAUUUAAUCAGUGAAAUCCUAAUAAAAAAAAUAUAUAUUAAGAUUUAAUGCAGUUUGUGGUGUCUAAAGUUGAAUUAUGAUUGUUAAAAGCCUGAUACAUAAGAGGUAAAAGUGACGUUUAUUGUACCAGGUUAAAAUGAAAUGACAGCUGUGAACAGAGAGAAUAAGAGGAGAUCUUUAGGUGCAAUUCUUCCUGUUAAAAAACACUUUUGACGUGGUUUUGACAGGAGAGGAUUUGGAAGAAACAUUAAGUUGUACAAAAACAAAAACCUGCGAGUUUUAAGUCGCAGUGGUUCGGGGUUUUACGCUCACGGCUUCGUGGCGUGCUCGAGCAGCUUCCCACCUCUUUUCGGAGAGGGAACCAGACUCACAGUUCUCGGUAAGAUCUCAAAAAUAAUAUAUCUGAGAAAAGAACUUAAAAAACUUUUUGUUUUAUUGUUAUUACUCAUGACUGAUUUGUUAGGGACAUUUUUAAUAUUCAUAGACAGGUGAAUGCUUAUUCGCAGCACUCGAUCUUAAGGGAGCUUUUGUAAGAAUAAAAAUAUCAAACAGCAAAAAUUAAUCAUGAAAUAAAACGUGUGUAACGGUGACAAGGCGACAGAACAUUAGGCGUUUAUUAGGUCUUUAAAUUGUUGUUAACCCUGUUUAACUGGUAUAUACCUUUGUAUAAAUAGAACUGUACAAAUGAAAAUGUUUUUAUUCCACAAAAAAGUUUAAAGGUGGUCAUGACACAAACUCAAAAAAAUAUGUCAUUACUGUAGACGGUGAAAAGAAAGGGACCCAGUAUUGAACCUUGUGGUACACCGCUACUGAUUAAUAAACAUUCAGAAUUGGUCUGACCUGAAUUAACACACUGACAUUUUUAAACCAGAAGUUUCUUAAUUUUUUUUCUUCUUAUUUCUUGUUAAAGAUGUUGUUGUAUAAGGCUCAUUUUCGCUACGUUCACCCGCCAAGUCCAAAGAAAGUCUAAAUAUAAGAUAUGAAACCUGAAAUAAGAACUGUUUGUAAUAAAUAACUGAAUAAAAUCUAUCAGUGAAAGAAUAAAAGUUUUACUGGUCAAGUUGUAGGACUGAGAUAUUUUGAGAUUCAGGUCGUCUUUUUGGUGUAAAAUAUCUUUAAAACAGGUUUUGAUUUUUCUGGACUUGGGUGAAUUUGAAGGCGUCCCCCUGUGCAUCAGAUCAGUUCUUCUGUUUUUGUGGAUCAGUUGGUGAUUUCUGUCCUUUGUCUUUGCAGAAGAUGGACAUGACGUCACUCCUCCAAAGGUCAAAGUUCUCCCUCCUUCUACAAAAGAGUGUGGAGGCAAGGAAAAGAAGAAAAAGACCAUCGUCUGUUUGAUCAGUGGGUUUUAUCCGGAUCAUGUCAAAGUCUACUGGACCACCACCAACAGUGGUAAUGUCACAUCAGGGGUGUCCACCGACAAUGUGGCCAAGAAGGAGGGCAAGUUCUACAGGAUGAGCAGCAGGCUGAGGGUCUCUGUUGAUGAGUGGUACAACGUGGAGAAUGAGUUCACCUGCAUCGUCAGCUUCUACGACGGGAAAAACUGGAACGUCACAAGUGAUUCAGUUCUUGGAGAACAAGGUUUGUUCAGAGAAACUUCAGAAAUAAUCUCUCCUGAAUCUUUUUUCUGUUUAACUGAAGUGUCUCCUCGUCUGAUUCUUCUUUUUGCUCCUCAGACAAGACCGAAGGAGGAUUCCCACAGAGAGGUAAAGAUGAUUUUACUGUCAGUUCUGCUCCUCUGAGCCGUAAACAUAAAGGCUUUAUUCAUGUAUUCAGAGUAAAACUAAAGAGAGAGCUGCUUGUUGAAACUGGAUCUCCUGCUGAUUCUUAAACUUUCUGCAGAGAAAUACCUGAAGAUCACAAACGGGGCCAAACUGACCUACACCAUCUUCAUCGUAAAGAGCUGUUUCUACGGAGCCUUUGUCCUCUUUCUGCUGCUGAAGCUUCAGGUUUGUCCCUCACCAUCUCAGAGUUUAACUCUAAACAUGCUCUCAGACACAGACUUUAAUUAUCUUCACCUCCUGAUCGUCUUGGUAUUAAAAUGUUUGUCACUCUCGUUCUUCACUCUAAAAACACCUCAAACUGUCAGCAGCCUCGACUUCAGUCAUCCAACAAGACUAAUAAAACUAACACAAGAACACGACAGACAUGAUUCUAACAUGAUAGAACAAAAUGACCUGGGAGAGUGUAGAACUGAAAGGAAUAGAGCAGGUUUGAAUAGAACAGUAAAGAAUAGAUGGAGGAGAAAAUAAUAUAACAGAUUGUAAUGGCAGGCAAUAGAAUAGAAUAAAAUAGAAGGGCAGAUAACAGACUUGAACACUAUAGAAUGGAUCAGUAUAGAAUAGAAUAGAAUAGAAUAGUGUAGCAGAUAACAGACUUGAAUAACAUAGAAUGGAUUAGAAUAGAAUACAUUAGAAUACUGCAGGUGGAAAAGAAGACAAUAAAUCAGAAAAGUAUAGAAUGAAACAGGAUAGAAACAAAAAACGUAGAACAGCUCAAACUAGAUAGAAUAGAAUAGAAUAGCAGACAAUGGAAUUGAAUGUUAUGAAAUAAAACAGUAUAGAACAGAAUAAAAUAGAAUAGAAAGGAGUUACAUCAAAUAGAGUAAGAUAAGAUAGAAUAGAGUUGAAUCUAAAAGAAUAGAAAAGAAUAGAGUCAGAUCAAAAGAAUAGAAAAGAAUACAAUAGAAGGUGGAACCAAAGACAACAGAUCAGAAUAAUAUAGAAAGGAACAGAGUAGAAUCAAAUAGUAUUGAAUAGUACAGAUCUGAAUAGAAUAGAGUAGAAUAGAAUAGAAUAGAAUAGAAUAGAAUAGAAUAGAAUAGCAGACUAUGGAAUUGUUUGUAAAAGCAAAGAAUAAAAUAAAGCAGAAUAAAACUGAAUAGAACAGAAUUAAAUAGAGUUUGAUCAAAUAGAAUAGAAUAGAAUAGAAUAAAAUAAAAAGGAAUAGAAUAGAAACUGUUUAAUUCUAUUACAAUAAAUCUAUAACAGCUACAACUUCAGUUAAUGUAUAAUCAGUCAGACUGUAAAUAAAGACGAUGAAGUUCAUGAUGUUCAGUCAAAUAACAGUGAACUGAUGUCUCUUGAUACUCAGUCCUUCAUGGAGGUUUAAGUGCUUCGAUGAUAACUAUCGUUUGUAAAUAUCAACAGUGAAAAUCUAAUUAUCUGACAUGACUCUGGAGACACACAUUAGUAGAUAAAUUUGAGUCUGUUUUAGGUUUAUUCCUUUAAAUGUGACCGUGUGUGUUUGUGUCUUUGACAGUCUUCAGCUGGAAAACAGAAGAGCUGA